UGAUAUCUGAUAACUCCCUCGUUUGAUUUGAUUUCAAAUGGAAACAAAUCUGAUUUUAUUUAAAAGUUGUCAUUUUGUUUUAACUUUGAUUUAUAACCGACCCGGUUUACUGAUAACUAUUAUUUAUUUCAAAAUAUAGUUUCCAUUUGUGUUUUGCAUCAAUAACUACAUAUAAGCUAUUUUCAAUGAAUUUCAUUAGAUGAAUCAAAUAUUCUAGAGGAAUUAUAAAAUUUUGAGAUUUCAUUGUUAUUUGUUUAUGAAUUUUUAAAAUCUGAGUAGAAUUUAUUGUUAUUGGAGUGAAGAAUUUUAAAUUCCAAUCAAAAUCUUUUAUUAUUAGAAAAGUGUAGUUUUCAUUGAUAUUAAGAUUCUAUUAAAGUCUAUUAGUAUUGAGAUGUAAUUUUUUUUUUUACUUAUAAGACUCAAUUUUGAGAAUAUCUUCUAUAUCCAUAAUUUUUUUUAAAAUCUAUGUAAUAAAAUAAAUUCACAUACAAAAACACACAAAAUUGAAGAACGAAAUAAUACAAAUCACAACUUUAUUACUACAAUCCCAUUUUCAUGCAAACAGUUUGAAGUAUUUGGAUUUUUUCUAAAAAAAGAAAAAGAGAAAUAACAAAUAUGUGUGUUGUCCCAAGAUUGAAGGGUUCUCCUGAUUUUACUCUAAUGCAAACCAUAUCUUGCAUCAUUUGUUUUCCAUCUCUCUAUUGACAAUCUUUCUUUUCCUUAUUUUCCCCGGAUUUUCCGUUUUGUUGAACCGCUGCUGCAACUAUGAUUCUCAACAUUUGUUUGCUCUUGAAUAGUAAAACCUUGUUGCGUUUGUUUCUAUAGAAUUUGCCAACUUCUUCACCAAAUUCACAAUCUUUUUUGGGGUUUAGAAAAACCCCUUUUGGUUUCUUGCCGCAAAAACUUAGAUUUGCAUUCAUCUCGAUUAAUCUGUCCAAGUGAUAGAGAGAUCUUUGAUGCUUGGUGCAAGGUCAUGUUUUAAAUCAUUGUAGAGUAGUAGGAUAUUUGCGUGCGUAAACCAAGGCAGAGUUAUUAUUAUUAUGGGCUGCAUUUGCUCGAAAGGAGCAGCAGAGGAAGCAGACGAUCUUUCAUCUCAUCGUCAUCAGAAAGGAAAAGAGUAUUGGAACAAAUCUUCCUCGGUGCAACUGAUUGCUCCUCUGCCUUCAAGUAAAGAUGAUUUCUCGCACAAAGCGGUAGAUGGAAGCUCUGGUGGUGGACGAAGAGCGAGCGGUUUGAUUGUUCCUAUAGAUGAUAGUCACGAGGGUAAAACAACGAUCAUAGAGAGACCUUCGAGGUCUCAUCGAGGAAGAAGAGUUUCAGACAAUGGCAAAGGAGGAGGAUUGAUUAUUUCGAAAGUACCUCGUAGCGCAGAAGCAGAUCUUAUUGCAGCUGGAUGGCCUUAUUGGUUAACCUCUGUUGCAGGGGAAGCCAUAAAAGGUUGGGUUCCUCGCCGUGCAGAUUCCUUUGAGAAGCUUGACAAAAUAGGUCAAGGGACUUAUAGUAUUGUGUAUAAGGCUCGGGAUCUUGAGACGGGCCAAAUAGUGGCGAUGAAGAAGGUGCGGUUUGCUAACAUGGAUCCGGAAAGUGUGAGGUUUAUGGCUAGAGAAAUCAACAUUUUGCGCAAACUAGAUCAUCCAAAUGUUAUGAAGCUUAAGUGUCUUGUCACUUCAAAGCUAUCAGGUAGCUUGCAUCUUGUUUUUGAUUACAUGGAGCAUGAUCUUUCAGGUCUCGCCCUUAGGCCUGGUGUCAAAUUCACCGAGCCACAGAUCAAGUGUUUUAUGAAACAACUUCUUUGUGGACUUGAGCAUUGUCAUAGCCGCGGAAUUCUUCACCGUGACAUCAAGGGUUCGAACCUUUUGGUGAACAAUGAUGGUGUUCUCAAGAUUGGAGAUUUUGGUCUAGCCAGUUUUUAUAAUCCGGAUCUUGAACAGCCGCUCACUAGCCGUGUAGUCACAUUGUGGUAUAGAGCACCUGAGCUUCUACUGGGAUCUACAGACUAUGGACCAGGCAUUGAUCUCUGGAGCGUUGGUUGCAUUCUAGCAGAACUCUUUGUAGGUAAACCAAUCAUGCCAGGAAGAACUGAGGUGGAGCAAAUGCAUAAGAUCUUUAAGCUGUGCGGUUCACCAUCCGAAGACUUUUGGGAAACAACAAAGUUCCCACAGGCGACAAGUUACAGACCGCAACAUCCUUAUAAGCGUGUCCUACUAGAAACGUUCAAGAACUUACCAUCUUCUUCUCUAGCUCUACUUGAUAGGCUUUUAUCUGUAGAACCAGAGAAAAGAUGCUCAGCUUCUUCUACUCUAUUGAGUGAGUUCUUUACAACCGAGCCACUCCCUUGUCACAUCUCAAGUUUGCCCAAGUAUCCUCCAAGCAAGGAACUUGAUGCAAAGAAGCGCAAUGAAGAAGCAAAAAGGAAGAAAGCAGAAGCGGUGAAGUGGCGUGGACACGAAUCUGCGAGAAGAGGUGGAAGAGACUCCAAGGUAACACCGGAGUUCAUGGCUUCAGGGCACUCUAAUGUCUCAAUCAACACCCCAUAUGGGUUCAAGAAAGAGAAUGGAAGAGGAAAGCUCUUUUCUGCUUCAAGUUCAGUGAUCCAUCCAAGCUUAACCGCAACAUUGAAUAAGAAUAAAAGCUCUAGGAUCAGUGUAGGAGAGGUGAGAGCUAAUCGUUCCAACAAUGUGCCUGUUAUAACAGGGGGCUACUCAUCUAGCUCUUCGCAAAAGGAAAGUGUACCAUCACGAGAACCCACAACGAGAUAUAUGCGAAAGAAGAACAGAAUGCACUGUUCGGGUCCGUUGAUGCCUCCUGGUGGCAACAUUGAAGACAUGAUGAAAGAUCACGAGAGACGAAUCCAAGAAGCUGUACGCAAGUCCCGCCUUGAGAAAUCUGUAACAAAGAAAUCUGUCAAAGCAUGUGCUUAAGCAAUGAAACAAGAUAGAAAUUGAUGAUACACGAACUAGAUGAUUUCAUAACUUUGAGUCACAGACUGCCUCCCAAGUUCUAUUAUGGCAAACCUAUGUUUCAUGCCCUGCUCUCUCUAUCUCAGCUAUUUCUUUUGGUUAGGGAAGCAAACAGAUGUGCAUAUUAAGAACUACUCCUUUAGUAAGUCAAUUUAUAGAUAGAAGUUAUACAUUUGGCUUAAUAGAGAA